AUGAAAUUUGAUGAGCAGCUGAAUAAUCAGACAGUGCUUUAUUGUUAUCAUUUUGAUAAUAUUUCAUGUAUCAAAGAAGUUCGACCGGUCUUUGUCUCUGUGAUCCUUUAUUUUCUGGCAGCAGUUGCAGUUAUGUUUACAUUUUGUGGAAAUCUGGUGGUGAUUAUUUCUAUCUCUCAUUUUAAGCAGCUUCACACACCAACUAAUAUACUUGUUCUUUCACUUGCCGUGGCAGAUUUUUUAGUGGGAUUUCUUAUUAUGCCAUUUAUGGUUAUACAGUCAGUUGAAACCUGCUGGUAUUUUGGAAACAUAUUUUGUUCUAUGUAUACAGUCUUACUCUAUGUGUUAACUGAGACUUCCAUCUUAAACCUAGUAAUAAUUGCCAUUGAUAGAUAUAUUGCUGUUUGUGACCCAUUGCUGUAUUCAACAAAAGUAACUGUUCGUGUAUCUUCUUUGUCUGUGUCAGUCAUCUGGCUAGUAUCCUUAAGCUAUUCUUGCUCUUUGUUGUUCACUGAUGGAAAUACAGAAGGUGUCAUAGGAUUAGAUCCUUGUCCAGGAGACUGUCUGCUUGUACUUAGCAAAACGUGGGGUACUGUGGAUCUUAUAUUUUCAUUUCUUUUCCCAGCUUGUAUAAUGGUUACUUUAUACACAAAAAUAUUUGUGGUUGCAAAAAGGCACAUAAGAGCUAUUUCAAUGCAGCAAAAGGUUUCAGAGAGUGAAACUAAAAAAAGUAUAGCCAAGAAAUCUGAAAGAAAGGCAGCAAAAACAUUAGGCAUAGUGGUAGCUGUCUUUAUUCUUUGCUCUCUACCAUUUUAUAUCUGCACCAUACUAAAUCAGUUUAUAAAUUUUUCUGUUCCUUCUGUGGUAUCAGGUGGGUUUUUAUGGUUAGCUUAUUUAAAUUCUGGUUUGAACCCUAUUAUUUAUUCUUUGUUUUACCCAUGGUUCAGAAAAUCACUUAAACUAAUCCUUACAUUAAAGAUCUUUAUAGCAGAAUCAUCUUUACUAAAUCUGAUGCCAGAAAACUAA